AUGUCGUUCACUGUCCGCAUGUCUCUGGCUCUGCCAACAGCCAUCACCAUUUUGGAUGUGAAAAUGCUUGGGUACGUUCUAAACACAGUUGAUACUGUCAUAUUAUCAUAUGAUGCUUUUUUUGGGUCCUGUCAGGUUAAAUUAGCAAGAGAGGUGAUUGCGAAAUUUUCUAAGAGUAAAAAAACCCUCUGGCUGCAUUGUAAUAACAGUUUGAAUUCCACUAACUCGAUCUACAGUUUUUUGAAAAAACAUUCAAUAACCGACAUUUCAAAGGAUCACAUCUUAUGUUCUAACUACGUAGCCAGCCAGUCUCUGAAGUACCUGAUGAACUUUUAUGGAAAGGUGCUGGUCGUAGGUUCCAACUGUCUGACCAGCGAACUCCAAGAUGCCGGCAUAGACUGCAUCUCCUUGCCAGACUUCACAGAGGAAGAUGAAACGUUCGAUUCCCUGGUACAUUACGAGGUUGAUCCUCUGGUGAAUUGCGUUGUUAUAGCAGCAGAUGAAAAUUUCGACUACGCCAAAGCAGCGAAAACAACAGCCUACCUCAGCAAGAAGAACAUCAGCUACAUUGUAGUCGACUACGUUCCUAAAAAAGAUGAAGGUGAGCUGAGCUACGAGCUGAGCGACAGUUUAGUGACGUUGGAUUGCGAAGAAGAAGCCAGCUUAGCCAAACGAAGCGAAGCCAGCGCCAAUCUUUCUAGUGAGGAUAGAUAUUUUCCAGACGAUUUAAAUGAUGAAAAUGAUGAGUUUAAUUCGAUGGCCAAAGAUGAAGAGAAGAAAGUUGGUGUUAAUGAGUGUAAGGCAUCAGAGUGCCGUCUAACUGAGGUGGCAUUUGAUGAUAGGAUCGCUGAUCUAACUAACACCAUCGGCUCUCAGCGCAGUAACUCUCAAAGAAAUAAAAUGAUCAGCUUCCGAGCUGACGUAUCAAGUCCUAUCGACAAAAACAUUGCUGGCGGGAUGAGCGUCAACAGCUCAGCAAUUCGGCGUGCUAGCGAUGAAAACCGCAUCAAAAGCAUUUUCAGCCAUAAAAGUGAGAAAGAUAGGGCGAAAAGGCCGAGCGUUAAUUCGAGUGAAACCGAAAAUAAGAAACUCGAGUUUAAAGGUGAUGAUAAGAAGGUAGAUGAACCCAUUCAAAACGAUCAACAACAGGUUUCUAAGACUGCAGAAAGCAUUCCUGAAGGAAAAUCGAGCAGGAAUUUAAGCAAAGGAGAACCUGAUGUUGCUGUUGUAAUUGUUAAAAUCGACAGCGCUGAAUCGAAACACGGUGUCGAAAAUGGUGCGAGUUCUGAAAAAAUGCUGAACAAUCACAAUGAGCCACAUUCAAAAUUGGAAAAUUUGAAUUCAAAUCAUUCCCAUUAUAGGCCGUUGACUGGUUCAAAUUCAGAAAUAGAACUCAACCAGAGAUAUGAGUUGAGGAGCAACAAUGAUAGUCAUGUCAAAAUAGAUGAGUCAGAUGAUGAAAAUAGUCUUAAAGAUGAUGAUAACAAAAAUACUAACAAAAAUAAUGAUGACAAAAACGAAGAUGAUAAGAAAAGUGCCCCACCAGCCAUUGAUUUAGUAGGCGCGAGAGAUCCCUUCAACUACGGAGUUACGAGGUGCAUCCUGAAGAUGAUAUCGACCACGUGUGGUAGAGAGCCGGAAUACCACAUAGGGCUUCCAGAAGAGUUCACUUUGAAGGUUAUGGCCAUGAAGAUGAAGGUCAUUCCAGAAAAAAUUCUCUUCAUCACUGAUAGACUCCAUCCAGAUAUCUUAUUCGCUAACAGAUGCAGCUUCCAUUCUCUUCUGAUAACAAACAAGCGAACGAAAUUCGAAGAAGUAAUUAAACUGGAAAGAAGUAGAAGAGAAUUGGAUAAGUGUGUUUUGUGA